AUGGCAGAACUCUCAGAAAUUCUGGAUCUUUUAUGGAAUCCUCCCCGGAAAGCUGACCGCCAUCCUGAGAUGCCAAGACCCAGUCGUUUCAAGCCUGAGAAUUUCGGUUACUACAAAAAAUGGGGUUUUGCGAUAUAUCGCACAUAUUAUGGCGCCGAAUCAGAUCGCUACUGGGAUAUUCUUCUCCAAGCUUUAAGGCAACGAAUAAAGCUAUCAAUUGGGUUUUACGAGAGUGAAGAGGCUGAAGAGCUCUGGGAGAGAGACGCAAAUGGGCGCUACGAGCACUGGAAAACGAGGGCAAAUUACCUGGAUUCACUGGAGAUAUUCAAGAGCUUAUUCCGUCUAUUUCCACAUCAAGAUCCUUCUCAUCUCGAAGGUCUUGACAUGAAUGGCAUACGAGGGGUUUGCCGGAGACAACAUCAUGAGGCAGAGCAGAAGAUGGCAGGGGCUAAGUUCUGUUUCGUACUGGUUGCUGACAAGGCUGUACUGGAUAGCAUCGCCCGAAACGAAUUUGUGGUCAAGGCAGUCGGCUACGACUGGGAUCGUAUCGACCACGGUGGCUGGGGUUGGGUGCGGCUGGAAACAGGCCGUUUGCUGGAUCUUUGGGAAAUGCUCCUUCUUGCCGAUAUAGGAUCUACUGACAAGUAUUACUGGAUCAGAUGUCAUGGCCCAGAGAGCGAUUUAGAGACCAACACCUGGAUUGGAAACGUUUCCCUGCCUGCACUAGAUGACUACUCCGAGGUGCAAACAGCGAAUGAGUUAAUAUCGAGUCGGUUCGUGUUUGACUAUUAG